AUGGAGAAGUACUUUGAGAUCAGAGAUUAUACUGAAAACAUGAAGGCUGUUUGGGGAGCCUACCAACUAACUGGAGAAGCUGCCGGUUGGUGGGAGAACAAAAAGACCGAACUUGGUCCGAGAUCAGACAACAUAACCUGGAGUAAAUUUGUGGAGGUGUUCAGACAAAGAUGGUUGCCUCAAUUAUUCUUUGAACAAAAAUUGAUAGAUUUCCAGGAUUUGAAACAAGGAGAACUUUCUGUGCAUGCUUUCUGGAAAAAAUUCACACGUCUCCUGAAGUAUGUACCUCACUUCCAAGUGGAUGAAAGGUAUAAAAUCAGAAAGUUCAUUAUGGGCUUAAACAACCAAAUAGGUGGUUCAGUAGAUGUUUUAGCUCCGACUACUAUGGAUGAAGCCUAUGAGAAAGCUGUUAGGCAAGAACAAAAGCUCCGUAAGAACGACUCCAUCAGAGAUAGAAGCAGAAAGAAGAGUAACUGGGGACAGUCGUCACGAAACUUCAACAAGAAGGGAGACAGAUAUGGAGUCAACAAUAGAAACAAUAAAAGGCACCAAGGAGGACAACAAAACAACCAUAGAGAGAGUAAGAGUUAUGAUAAACCCAGGAGGGACAAUGGUGGGAAUGGUAGCAAACCAGAAAAGAAAGGACCGCCAGGGGGUUGUUUUAAUUGUGGUGGUAAUCACUACGCCAACCAGUGCCCAACUAAACCAUCAAGAGGGCAACAUCAGAGGAACCCACUGCCACCCCAACAAGCAGUUUUUCAGCAAAGAAUCCAUGCGACGGUUGAUAACCGCCAAGUUGAGUACCAGUUCACGCCAGUAGAAACUCCAGUAGAAUAUGCCAACCAGUCAAGAGCUCAGGUAGAGCAAUGCCUGUUUGGGGCAAGAGUAGAAUUUUCAAACUUCACUUCUGAAGUUGACUUGUUUGUAGCACCACUAGGCACGUAUGAUGUCAUCUUAGGAAUGAAGUGGUUGGGUCAACAUAGGGCAAGAGUAAACUAUUUUGACAAGUUUGUAGAAUGCCAGGAUGACUUUGGCAACAAAGUACUCUUACGAGGCAUGCAACGGGAAAUUAGAUUGCGGCAACUCUCUGCUAUGCAGCUGAGACGAAGCGAAAAGAAAGGAUGUCAGAUUUUUGCAGUUAAAAUGGAUGAAAUCAGGGAUGCAAAGGAUGUCCUAUAUCAGGAUGACAUGAUGAUGUAUGAGAACUGUAAUCGUCAUGAAAAGGAGUUUGGUGAAGUUGAAGAACCAGAAGAGCCUUUUGAUGUGAAAUAUCCUUACCUCCUAGAUUUUCAGGAUGUAUUUCCAAAGGAAUUGCCUGACUUACCACCAAAAAGGAUAUUCGAUUUUUCCAUCGAAUUAAUACCAGGAGCAGCACCAGUAUCCAAAGCUCCUUAUAGGAUGACUACGGUAGAGCUGAUGGAGUAUCCUCUACCCCGCAUUGAUGAUUUAUUUGAUCAAAUGCGCGGAGCAACAGUCUUUUCCAAGAUCGAUUUGCGAUCAGGGUACCAUCAGUUGAGGUUAAAGGACGAGGAUAUCCAUAAGACUGCCUUCAGAACUCAUUACGGACAUUAUGAGUUCACGGUUCUGCCAUUCAGACUUACUAAUGCACCAGCUGCUUUCAUGAAUUUAAUGAAUAGCGUAUUCCAUGACUGCCUCGACAAGUUCAUCUUGGUGUUCUUAGACAACAUUUUGAUAUACUCAAAGAAUGAAGAAGAACAUAUGCAGCAAUUGCGGUUUGUUGUACAACGAUUGCAAGAAAACCAAUUAUAUGCAAAAUUAUCCAAGUGUACCUUCUUCCAAAAAGAAGUACAAUACCUAGGGCAUAUAAUUUCAGCCAAAGGGAUAGCAGUGGAUCCGGCAAAGAUUAAAGCCAUUUCUGAAUGGCCAACUCCCAAGAAUGUGCAUGAAGUUAGAAGCUUCAUGGGGUUAGCAGGAUACUACAGGAAGUUCGUAAUGAACUUCUCACGCAUCACACACCCCAUCACAUCAUUGCAGAGGAAGGGCAAAAGAUUUGAAUGGUCAGAAAAAUGCCAAGCGGCGUUUGAACUCCUUAAAGAGAAAUUGACCGCGGUACCAAUUCUAAAAGUGCCAGAUCCAGAUGACCAAUACUUAGUAGUAACUGAUGCUUCAAGGGAAGGAUUAGGUGGAGUCUUGAUGCAAAGAGAUCAAGUAAUUGCCUAUGAGUCCAGAAAGCUCAAAAAUUAUGAGCAAAAUCAUGCACCACAUGACCUUGAGCUCGCAGUAAUAGUACAUGCUCUACAAAUGUGGCGUCACUAUUUGCUAGGCAAGCCCUUUGAGCUUCGAUCAGAUCACCAAGGAUUGAAAUAUAUUUUCACGCAACCCAACCUUAACGCACGACAGAGAAGAUGGUUAGAACUAAUCUCGGAUUAUGAUUUUGAGAUCAGCUACAUCAAGGGUAAGGAAAACCAAGUGGCAGACGCGCUAAGUCGGAGACGCCAGAUUAAUGCCAUCACUGCAGUGCACACAAAUUUCCGGAAUCGUGUCCUAAAAUUGCUAGGAGGGGAUAGGUUUUACCAACAAGGAUUGCCUAUGUCCAGAAAUAAGCAUAAUGCCAUUCUAGUGGUGGUAGAUAGACUGACCAAGGUAGCUCAUUUUAUACCAAGCAACUUAUCUGAUGGGGCACAUACUAUAGCUUACAAAUUCUUGCAUGAGAUAUUUCGGUUGCAUGGUAUACCAGAGAAAAUAAUCUCGGAUAGGGAUGCCAGAAUGACAUCCAGGUUCUGGCAAACUCUAUUUUCAGCCUUGGGAACUCAGUUGAAUAUAAGCUCAGCCUAUCACCCUGAAACCGAUGGUCAGACGGAAAGAGUUAACCAGGUUUUAGAAGACCUCUUGAGAAUGUAUUGCAUGGAUCAACAGUACAAAUGGGAGGAAUACCUUCCCUUGGUCGAAUUUGCCUAUAACAAUUCCUUCCAAUCAUCCAUUAAGAUGGCACCCUUCGAAGCACUAUAUGGAAGGAGGUGUAGAACUCCUAUCAGCUGGGAUAGGCUAGAAGAAAGGAUAACCCUCGGUCCAGAAAUGCUCUCAGAAAUGGAAGAGCAAGUCAAGCUGAUCAGAAAGAGAUUAGCAGAAGCUAAUGAUUGA